UCUAUCCGCGGGUGGAGGUGGCGUGGGUCUACUGGGAAAGGGAGGCGCUAUGGCCGAUCGCCUAACACAGCUUCAGGACGCCGUGAAUUCGCUUGCAGAUCAGUUUUGUAAUGCAAUUGGAGUCUUGCAGCAGUGUGCUCCACCUGCAUCUUUUAGCAACAUACAAACUGCAAUAAACAAAGACCAACAAACUAAUCCUACAGAAGAAUAUGCCCAGCUCUUUGCUGCCUUGAUUGCCAGGACUGCUAAGGAUAUUGAUGUUUUAAUAGAUUCCUUGCCUAGUGAAGAAUCUACAGCUACGUUACAGGCUGCCAGUCUGUAUCGCUUGGAGGAAGAGAACCAUGAGGCAGCAGCACGCCUGGAAGACGUGGUGUAUCGUGGGGAUCUGCUCUUGGAGAAGAUACAGUGUGCCUUAGCUGACAUAGCCCAGUCACAGCUGAAGACCAGAAGCAUAAGCCAUAGCCACCCUGGUCCAGAUUAACAGCAGCAGGUGGCGGGACUUCACUGUGGAAUUCAGUCCUCUGGCAUGUGUUUGGUGGGAAACACGGGGGUAACCACCUCAUUGAUCCCAGAUGCUGUGGAAAGACUUAUGAUGUGGUACUUCUGAUUCAAGGGGUCAUUGCUGAUGUUUGUUACUCAUCUGUGUCAUUGAAAGGAGAAGCCAUUACAAAUGGCGACUUGCUCAGCCUUUAUUUUCAUGAUGUCUCAUUUACAGUGUACGCUGUGCUGUGGAGUGGAUGCUUUUCAAGCGGCUGGCGUAGUCCCUCCAGAUCAUCUGUUCUUGUCAUUGGGAGUUAACUUCUUGGGGCCCUGAAUGAUUGAACCAUACUAGUCCUGUGUCUCAGGUUAAGAAGGAUGAACAGAACAGCUCACCAUGGGGGAAAGAUUCGUCUAAGAAAUCUCUCAGGGCUAGGAGCCAGUUUUUAAAAGUACUUUAAGCAUACCCAGAGGUAGACAAAUGAGGGAAAAUGGGGAAGGGAAAUACAGAAUUUGGAAAGCAAGAUAAAAGUACAGUUUCUCUUUCAAAAUAUAUUUUUGGACUUUACCCCUUCCCCUGUAAGGCUGGAUCAAGCAUUCCAUGACUUGUGGCUGAAAAUUGACCAACCCCUUCUUGCUAGCACAUAUUUCACAGAUUUGGGGUGUGUGCUUCUGUACUUGAAUCAGAAUGUACAGUCUCAACCAGGCAGCCUUGUGUAUUCACGAUGAGGAAGACAAAAUGCUCAUAUCUGUUAAGCACAGCAGGCAGUUCACGCAUAGGUUGCAUUGAAGUGUUCUCCAUCUGGGCAACUGACAUGAUGUCGCUCAGCCCUGGCUUUUAACCUGCUCUUGAGACUGGUGGGGGAUGAUAGCCAGAAGCCUAAGAAAUACUGUAGCCUUCCCCCCUAUAAGACUGUGCUGCACUGAGAGCCUGGCUUCUGCUUCUUGUGGGAGAUCCACCACUCGACUGCACAGAAGGAAGAGCAGAGCCCAACAAGAGCACCCCAGCAGCCGCUGAGUCAACCGCAGCCUGUAGAUAUCUACCGUUAUGAUAAAUAUGUACCUCCUUCCGAUCACUAUAAUGUUACUGGGAGUAUGGAAGAAGACCAGAGGUUUCUAUGCCAUUUUACAGGGUACUGAAUUUUGGCUGAAUUUGAUGAUGUAAUUCAGCUUGUAGUCCCUGCAGGAAAAGUAUUGCUGCAGUCACAGUUUUGCUAGUGGUUGAAGCCAGAACUUAAAACAGUUGGAACGAAUAAGUAUAAUGAACUCAUCUAAGCUUUGAGGCCUAUCCCUUUCCUACUCAGUAUGUUACAUAAUGGGGUGGGGAUUUUGGGGUGUCUGCAUCAAAUUUGUAGUCAUCUAGACCUUUGCUGUUAUUUUCUCUCUUCUCCUUCUACCGUUUUCCCUGAUAUGCAACACAGAAAUUUAAUCUAGUCUUGAAAUUUUUUCUACUAUUCUGUUAUAAACAUGCCAAUGAGACUAUGAUAAAUCUCAAAAUUGUGUAUGUGUAGCUAUUAAAAAGUUUGUG